AUGAGUCAUCACACGGAAAAGUCGAGUACGACCACUCCCAACACGACGCCCGCUCCACGAUCGACUACGAUGUCGGCUUCGAGCUCUCAGACGUCCCCUCCUCCAUCAUACGAGGAUUCUAAGGGUUUCACGUCUCGACCGCUCCGUGUCAUCGCAACACCACGUGAGUUCUUAUCGGAUGCUCGACUGAAAGAAGCAAAAGAAACCACACCGACAUCGUCGUCGGCAAAACGUGGGCCGCUCUCUUUCCUCGAACAAAUACGAGAACGUUGUGAACCGCUCGCUCGUGCCUUCUUGGGAACUACCCAGCUCGACGACCACACGACGGUUGACAGCUCCACCGCAGCAGAUCUCGAAGAGAUCAAGAACCUCCUACAGUCACUCAUCAUCGAUCGUUGGUGUCAAGAAGCCUGCUACUCGCAGACGUCCAAUAUGCCGUCCGCUAGAGCACCAAAGAUGGCGAAAUACUCGUUGGAUAAUUGUCACAAGGCAGGACCGUCUGGAUCCGCUCCACAAUAG